AUGAAGACGAUGUUGGGAUUGAGAUCCUUAUUCCGAUCACUCAACUCUUCCAGAUCCUAUUCCUCCCGCGCCUUCACCGCCGCCGCCACCGCCGCUACCAACAAACUUCAAACCCUCUCUUCCCCUCGCUUUCUCAAUCCUCUCUCUCCUUCCUCAGAUUGCAGGUCUCCGUUCUCGAAUGGAGUAGGAAGUUUGCGAUUUUAUAGUGAAGAUGUGAAUCAUGUGCCUGAGAUUAAGGAUGCUGAGCUUUACAGUGUUUUCAAGGAUUUGUUGGCUGAAAAUUGGAGUGAUAUUUCGGAUGCUGUUGUUUCUGAUGCUAAGCAUGCGUUGGCAAAAAGUACUGAUGAUGAGGCUGGUAAGGAGGUUGUGACUAAUGUGUUUCGUGCUGCCCAGGCUGUUGAAGAGUUUGGUGGGAUUCUUGUUACGUUGAAAAUGGAAAUUGAUGACAGCAUUGGCAUUAGCGGCGAGGAUGUAAAGCCUUUGCCUGAUCAUGUGAACAAAGCUCUGCAUACAAUUUUUGAUCGCUACACCACCUAUUUGAAUGCUUUUGGUCCUGAUGAGAACUAUCUGCGGAAGAAGGUGGAAUCGGAAUUGGGUACAAAGAUGAUACACUUAAAAAUGAGAUGCAGUGGCCUUGGUUCUGAGUGGGGAAAGGUUACGGUUCUUGGAACUUCUGGACUUGCGGGUUCAUAUGUUGAGCAAAGAGCAUAG